CUGUUCCAGGCAGGGCUGCCGCGUGGUGUGGCGUCGCUCUCUCCUCCCACAGAACGUGCCCAGGCAAGGCCAGUCGCUCGCCAUGUCCGCUGCGGGGGCGGCGGAUGUUUUCCACAGAGCCCGGGGCAGGACCCUGGACGCGUUCUCCUCAGAAAAGGAACGGGAAUGGAAAGGUCCAUUCUACUUUGUCCAAGGCGCAGACACUCAGUUUGGGCUGAUGAAGGCCUGGUCCACCGGGAAUUGUGACACUGGAGGUGAUGAGUGGGGGCAGGAGAUCCGUCUCACAGAGCAAGCUGUUGAGGCCAUCAACAAGCUGAAGCCUAAACCCAAAUUCUUUGUUCUGUGUGGUGACCUCGUCCAUGCCAUGCCAGGAACUCCAUGGCGGCAAGAGCAGACCAGGGACCUGCAGCGAGUACUGAAGGCCGUCGACCAGGACAUCCCACUGGUGAUGGUCAGCGGCAACCAUGACUUGGGCAACACCCCCACAGCCGAGACUGUGGAAGAGUUCUGCCAGACAUGGGGAGACGACUACUUCAGCUUCUGGGUUGGGGGCGUCCUGUUCCUGGUGCUCAACUCCCAGUUCUUGUACGAUGCCUCCAGGUGCCCCGCACUGAAGCAGGCCCAGGACCACUGGCUGGACCAACAGCUGAACAUCGCAGAGCAGAAACAGUGCCAGCACGCCAUUGUCUUCCAGCAUAUCCCGCUAUUCCUGCAGAGUAUUGAUGAAGAUGACGACUACUUCAACCUCACCAAAACCGUGCGUAAGGAACUGGCCGACAAGCUCACCAGAGCAGGUAUCAGAGCUGUGUUCUCGGGGCACUACCACAGGAACGCCGGGGGAACCUACCAGAAUCUUGACAUGGUAGUUUCAUCUGCCAUCGGGUGCCAACUAGGCAAAGACACCCACGGGCUCCGUGUGGUGGCCAUCACUGCAGAGAAGAUUGUUCAUCGUUACUACAGUUUAGAUGAGCUGAGCCAGGGGGGAAUCGAGGAAGACCUGAAGGAGCUGCUGAAGGAGUGAUUGGUCCCCACCGAGUCCACCCAGCUUUCACACCCAUCGCCUUCCAUUUUGCCAGAAUAUUCUCAGCCCCUUCUCGAUAUGUCUGAGCAGAAAGGCGGGCUUAUGAACAGAUGUUCUUUUACAUAAAUCAAACUGCUGGAUCCUGUCCUUAAUUAUUUUCAGAAGAGAACUGUCUUUCCUUUAAAAGCCAGAUAAGACAGCUACGGGUGUUUUCUAAUUGUGGUGUGUGAUUUCCCACGUGAUGUUUGGGUAAAUUCUUCUCAUUGUGCAGCUUUUAACUCUGCCCUUGAACCUACUGUUUCUGACAACUUACAAUCAAUAACCACCUACUACCCUUAAUCCCAACUCAGUACCCAAGAGUGAUCUUUAAUAAUUCCUUGAAUAUAACCGCCCCUCCCCCCCCCCAGUCCCAGAGCCACAUAGGCUUGUCCUCAUCAUAACAGGUAGCAAGCAUCAUAGCCAUCAUUGACUGUGAUUUUCAAGAUUCUCAUUACUGCUGAUGCUAUGAACACCGUGCGGAGAGUCCGCACCAGGGUGUGUUUGCCUUUCUGAUGACAAAUGUCACCUUCAGAUAUGUGCAGACUCUGUUCCAGAAGACCAGAACGGAAGCUGCAACGUGAAGACCCUGCACAGCCCACAGGUUUCCCUGUGUGUAUUCUCCCACUAUAGGCAGCCCACCCCAUUGUCAGCUAUGACAUGGCGGGAAAGCUGGGCUUGACAAGGACCUCUCCCAAGAAGAACACAGAACUGUGUCAUUGGUAUAAUUUACAUUAUACCAUGUUAUUUGCCACUUACAUUACAAUAUCCCUGGACAGAAAAGAGUGUGAGUUUCUUAAAAAUCCUUUUUCACCAUGGAAUUCGCUCUUCUGCCUCCCCUGGGAGCUCUGCCCUCUGGAUUUUCCUCUGCGUGCCAGCCAUCCUGGUGCCUACUAACCAGGGCCACUACAUCCUGCCAAGGAAGUUUUACAGUGUCCUGCAGCGGCACUGUAGAAUCUGAAACCAACUUUAAAAAAAAAAAACCCACUGGUUAUAAAUGAACCGCAAAGCCCACUAAAUUAGAAAACUUUCUUGUUAAAAGGUUUUAGUCAAUGUAGCAAAACCAUGAGAAAUUAAAUAAAAAGAUAAUUGGAUAUGUAAAUUCAUAAGGAACAAAAGAUACAAGAAGUUAAUUAUUUUACAUAUUAGUGACACACCAGAGCUCAUUAUUAGGAAGCAUAAGAAAAGUAAUUUUUCAAACCUGAGUGAUCGUCAGUGCUUGGAUUUGUUCCUAUUUGUUUUUGUUUUUUACAGCAGGGUGUAAGAGAUCAGGAGAGGUCCCUGGUCCUAAAACGUAUAGGCUUGAUUCAGUGACAGGAGAGAAGAUGAGUCAUAGUGGGCUGAAGGCAUGCCCCUUGUCCAAGCUGCAUAUAGAAAACACAGCCUCAGAAUGGGGGCAAGGAUAUGGGAUCAAGCAAAGGAAACGAAGUAAGUGCUUGUCCUCAAAACACAUAUGUUAGAGCUGACUCAGAAACCUAGCAUGGCUAAGGAUGGCCUGGCAUUGCCAGUUUUCAACAGAACAGCAGUAUCCCCGUGGGGCCUGCUGAUGUGGGAGCAAAAAUGUGUAAUGUAUGUAACUCAGAUAGCAAGUCACUAUUCUGUUCUCUUCUAGGCCUGUUCUUAAAAAAAUAAAAAUAAAAAUAAAAAACAAUAAAGACUUCCCACAUGCC